AUGGAAGCGUACAACCUUUCAUCAAGUCCUCCAUCUGGAGGCACGAAUACUCACCAUGGUACACCAUCUACUAUUGCCACUAUCAUGUCUCCUGAGGCUGGAGCGUCUUCGGUUCACCGAGAUGCAGACGUCAACAAGCUCGAUCUUGCACUCAACCGACGAGAAGCCUCUGGCAGCCUGACUAUUAGCAAGCGCAGACAUGUUGAAUUGGCUCCGGUCAACACCUCCAUUCCAAGAGCCCCUCUUCGAGUUUUGUCUGGUGCAGCGGCUCACUUCACACCGACACCAACCACCAUGACACCUGGUCAGCCUCUGGUUGGCGCUGCUGCAACACACAACGUUCCGGGAGAUCCUUGUCACCCCGGUGUCAUCGGUUGCGGCCCUCCACCACCACCUAUGCAGCUUGACUAUCGCAACGUCGGCAAAUUCACAACUGAACUUGUUGGAUCGACUCGAGCUUUCGUCGUAAAAGGCAUAGCUAUACAAGACCAAGCUGGCUAUGAGCUUGUUUCUGAAACAUAUGAGAACUUCAAAUCCCUCGUCGACACUUACGGCAUCUACGUGCAGAACGGACUUUUUGCUGUCGAGUUCUAUGACCACGCUGAGGCCAAGGAGGCAAUGCACUUGACGCAAGCCAUCUGGAAUGGAUUCUUCAGCACAGGUCAAGCCAAAUGUUCAUGGGUUUUGCCAAAAGAGCUCGCUGCGAUCAAGGGAUUGCCAAUCGACGAGAUUUCCAACCAUGUCGCCGAGUUCACUAUCGACAUCGUCAAGUGUGGUCCAGUCGCCACCACCAACGUCGACGCUAGAACCAUUUUCGACAUGUGUGCAGAGCUCGGUCUCGUCAAGGCCUUCCGAGUUCUCCCCGCCUCAAGACUGUCUUCCAUGCGAUACCAAGUCGAAUGGUCCGAUGCACGAAUCAAAGCUCUCAAACUAUCAGGCAAAGGGAUCUCAGGCUUUCGAGUUGCUAUCAGUGCCUUCAAGCCUGACCUUACUCCUCAACAAGCAAGUGGCAUUGGUCUCUCCAGCACAUUGGCAUCCAGCAACGCUCGAGUCGAAGCAAACUAUGGCCGUGCCACAUCUCGUCGACCAUUACCACCCUCUCACAGUGACGGACGCGGCCCACGAUUUGGUCCACGAAUGCAGACGGGCGCUAGAGGUGGCCAACAGCACAAUGUUGUUGACCUCGAUCGGAUCCGAUAUGGUCUUGACGUCCGAACUACCAUAAUGAUUCGAAACAUCCCAAACCGUGUUGAUCAAGCAGCUAUGAAGAUGAUGCUUGACAUGACGUCCUUCGGACGAUACGAUUUCAUGUAUCUCCGAAUCGACUUCAACAAUAAAUGCAACGUGGGCUACGCCUUCGUUAACUUCGCACAUCCUGUCGACAUCAUCACCUUUGCAGUUGCUCGAGUUGGCAAGAGAUAG